CUUCCUAGCAGGAAAACGCUGGAGGAGACAUACAGAGCCACACACACAGCUGCAGGAGGACACACAGCUCCAGCGGUGGAAUAUGUCAGCUCUGUCACUCGACGAGGGACGCAGCGUGGACACUGUAUACCCACUGCCUCUACUUUAGGUCGGCAUACAAACAUCGCCCUGUCCCUGGUGCUGCUGCUGGUCCAUCCCCGUCCCCUCCUUCCUCCCUCCUCAUUCCUCCUCCUCCUCCUCCUCAUCUUCACCGUCCCGUCGCCAGGAUGGACAAGACGCUCUGCAGUCCACAGCUCGUCACCAAGAAAUCAAACUCUUCCUCGUCGGACCUCGGGAACUCGUCGUCGAGGAAGCCCGGGAGGACCGGCUCGCACAGCCCGGGAUCCGGCUCCCUGGGCGGGCCGGCCGGAGGAGCAGGGGGCGGCCGGGGAGCCGUGCUGCUAGGGAACAGCAUGAAUCUGCAGCAGACGAGGAAGAGGCAGCUGGAAGGAGUGCUGAGCAAAUACACCAACCUGAUCCAAGGCUGGCAGAACAGGUACUUUGUGUUGGAUCCAGAGUUGGGACAGCUGCAGUACUUUGUCAACGAGCAGGGGAGAAGCCAGAAGCCCCGCGGGUCACUGCCCCUGAUCGGUGCCUCGGUAACCCCGAGCGACGAGGCUCCCAACAUGUUCGUCGUAAACUCUGUGAAUGGAGAGCUGUACAAACUCAGAGCGUCCGAUGCCAAGGAGCAGCAGUUUUGGAUCAGUCAGCUCCAAGCAUGUGCCAGACGUCACUCUGACAGCAGUGCCAAGGUGAGGAAGCUGAAGGACUCAGAUGAACACCUGAGUGUUGACAGAGCUGGAGGAGGCCAGGACGCGCUGGGCUCGUCCACCGGUCGGACCCGUAGCUUCUCCCUCCUCCCCCACCUCACACCAUCUUCAUCCCCGGGUUCUCAGAGGCACCUGAGCCACACGGCCUCGCCCGGCAACAUCGUCACCAUCACCCACCACAAAUCUCCGGCUGCUGCUCGGCGGGCCAAGAGUCAGUACCCAGGACGGCUGCUGGAGGUCAAAGAGGUGAUGGCUCAAGCAGAGGGCCAGCAGAAGAACCUGGUUCAGUCCAUCGACUCUCUUCCCACCAGAGGCCCUCUCUCCUGUCUGGACCAGGACCUGUUGCUGCUCAAAGCCACAUCGGCUGCCACACUAAGCUGCCUGGGAGAGUGCCUGAACAUCCUCCAACAGACUCAGAGCCACAGCCAGGCACCACAUCACUGUCAGAGCUCCGAUAGCAACUUCACAUCCCACGAAGCACCCUCCGAUGGUGUACCUGUGUGGACUGUACCAAAGUCGCCCUCAAGGGAGCUGUUGAAGAACGGAGGUCUGACCCCUCUACAAUCAGCCGAGCCCUCGCCGACCUUCAGGAAAAGGAGUCUGUCCCAUGGUGCUGAGCACCAUCCAGGGCUUGAAGACAUCAGCCCCAGUGACGAGGUGACAGAUACGGAGGACAAUGAAGAGGAGGACCUGGGUGUCCUGGACGACCAGCGGAGCAUCAUCCUCCACCUGCUCUCCCAGCUCAAACUGGGCAUGGACCUCACCCGGGUGGUGUUGCCAACAUUUAUUUUGGAAAAGCGAUCACUUCUGGAGAUGUACGCUAACUUCAUGGCCCACCCCGACAUGUUCCUGUCCAUCACAGCCGGGGCCACAGCCGAGGACAGGAUCGUACGCUUUGUAGAGUACUACCUGACCGCCUUCCACGAGGGCCGCAAAGGAGCCGUGGCCAAGAAGCCGUACAACCCAGUGCUGGGAGAGACCUUCCACUGUUCCUGGGAGGUGCCCCGGGACAAAGUCAAACCUUUGGUCAGAUCCAACCAGGGGUCCUCGUGGGAGCAGCAGGACGAGGAUUCCCCGGGAGAAUGCUACAGGGUCCGCUUUGUGGCCGAGCAGGUCUCCCAUCAUCCACCGGUGUCGGGUUUCUACUGCGAGUGUCAGGAGAGGAGGAUGUGUGUCAAAGCUCACGUGUGGACCAAAAGCAAGUUCAUGGGGAUGUCUAUAGGAGUGUCCAUGGUGGGGGAAGGGGUCCUCUGUCUCCUGGAACACGAUGAGGAGUACGUCUUCACGUUACCCUGUGCCUACGCCCGCUCCAUCCUCACCGUGCCCUGGGUGGAGCUAGGCGGCAAAGUCUCCAUCAACUGUGCCAAGAGCGGCUACUCGGCCACUGUCACCUUCCACACCAAGCCGUUCUAUGGAGGGAAGGUUCACCGAGUGACGGCAGAGGUCAAGCACAACCCGACCAACACCAUCGUGUGUAAAGCUCAGGGCGAGUGGAACGGCACGCUGGAGUUCACCUACAGCAGCGGAGAAACCAAAGUGAUCGACACGACAAAACUACCCGUCACCAGAAAGAAGCUCCGGCCUGUGGACAGACAGAGCAGGAUGGAAUCCAGGCGGUUAUGGCAACAUGUCACCAAGUCUCUGAAGGAAGGGAACAUGGACGAGGCCACGGAGCACAAACACAGACUGGAGGAGCGACAGAGAGGAGAGGAGAGGCAGAGAGCGGCUGAUAACAAACCCUGGACUCCCAAAUACUUCACCAAAGAGGGAGACGGUUGGACCUACAACAGUCCGAUGUGGACAGCACAUCUCUCUCCUCUAGCGGACAAUAAGUGAUCUCCUGCCUCUCCACGCUGAGUCAGCAGUCAGGACAUCAAACACAGGGAGCCGAGUCCUCCUGGACUACAGACUCCCAGAGUGACACACUAACAGGAAGAUACAAGGUGCCAAAAGGGAUCUUCACUGUUAUAUCCAGGACCAAGCGGUGGGAGCUCUUGGGACAAAAGUCGAUUUUUAUAAAUAGUAUUACUAUUCAAAGUAGAGUAUUUCUAUUUUUCACCUUGCCAAGGCCUUUUUUGCACACACACACACACACACACACACGAUGUUUUACACAGGUUUUUUUUUUAAUGGUUUCUCGGACAGUGUCAAUGUUUGGUUCUAAGCUUUUAGUUCAAAAUGCAGCGUUAGAAUGAAUAUAUAAAAAAGUUCUUUGUUACACAUAAUACUGUAGCUGUAAAUGAAUUGUUUAUAAAAGCACUUUUCCCAUAGAUUUAAUAAACUAAAUAUUUUAUAUCUAUGGCUUUUACCAGUCAGGGUGGUCUCUCAGAGCUUUACAGGAAAUAAGGACACCUUAAAUAAAUCUUAACAUGAAAUAUAAACCAACAGGUAAAACAUUAGAUUGUGUGUUAGUAUGAAGUAAACUUCUAGAAAGUGAUUGUUUUGUCUGCACUAUGAAUGUAUUUGGGCACAUUUACACAAGAUAGAAUACUUCUUUUCCAUCUUUUACUGUUACUACUACAUCGUGUUUUGCCCUUUCUUUUUGAAGGUCUCUCAAAAUAUUAUAAUCUCCAACAGGUGAGACGCAGACCUUUUACAUUUCCAUUACUACCUCUCGUAUUCAGCUGUUCCAGCCAUUAGCCACUUAUUAUUCCAAGAGAAAAACAUGAGUUUGUUUGUGGCAGAGUCCUCACUCUUUGAAUCUUUUCUUUCCUUUGUUUUUGUAUCCGUGGCCCUCAGUUGGCCCUUAGCCUGUACCUUCUGAAGUUCAUACUUCUUGUUUUUGAAUAUGGAUGAGGAGAGCUCGCAGAAACACACAAACAGGCGCUCUAAUAUAGGGGUUAAUUGAAGGUUUAAAAACUAAUUUCAAGGUUUAUAUUUGGGCUUUCUUUGCCUUUAUGGUGGGGAAUAAGGAGCCCCAGGUUGGAUUUGAACCCCAGGCCGCCCACUUUGAGGACUAUGGUCUCUGUUCAUGGGGCGCGUGCACUAACCACUAGGCUACCGAUUGCUGGAAUGUUUUUUUUUCUCCGAAGAUGAGUGGAUAAUCUCCCAGAAUAACAAUCCCUGAGACCUGGGGUAACCAGCCAAACUGAAGGUUUUAAAGAUCUAAACUUUGAUCCAUUUCAUCGGGUUCUUGACUGAAAACUUAUUUUCUCUUUUUGCCUUAUGGUUUUUUUUAAUUUAAUGUCCCGACUGCCUGCUUUCAGUUGAAAUACUCAGAUUCAGUAUUUAAAGCCAGAUGCCUCUUUGUAGCAUACGUCAUUUCCAUGACAACAUGAAAGACAGACCUGGUUCAUUACGGUUUGAUGACACUCGCCUUACAUGAUACUUACAGAUUUCUUUUUUUUAAUAUAUAUCUUAAAAAGGAUUCACUGAAGUAGAAAAUGAUUGUGAUAAAAGAGGAACAAAAAUAAAGACCUUCUACUUUUUGUUUUGUUUUAAA